AUGAAUCCCUGCGCUCGCCUGUCUCGCCUCGGCCUUCCUACGGCACUCGUCGCGGGUCUCGUUGUCAUCUGUUUCCUCGCGACCCACGCCAGCGCCGCUGUUGGUGACCCUUGUGCUGGCGUGGACUGUGGGGUGGAGGCUUCCUGCGCUGGUCUCAGUCCUACCGAAACCUUUUGCGACUGUCACCAGGAAGAUCUUGUCUUUAACGAGGCUGACAAGACGUGCUAUGCCCCCGUGGUGCGGACGACGGUGGGGCUACAGGCAAGAGGCUACGGCCCCAUGGCAGACCUGACCUUCUUGACCACUUUGCCGGCAACCACCGUGUGCGGCAGGCUGGGCCUCCCAGUUACCAACAUCGCCGUCUCGUGGAAUGCCUCCAAGCCCUGUGCAUGGCAUAUAGGCUCACCAAGCCUGUGCGUCGCGGCUAACAACGCCAUGUGCAGCAGCCUGACGUUCUACUCCGCCCCGGACUGCACGAAGAAGCCGGCCUUUACAAUCGCGCGCCCUGCGAGGGAGGGCAAUUUCUACCCCCUCACGACAAGGACUGUCAAAGGAAUCAAAUCCCUGGGAUCAGUUGCUUGCAAGAUCACCAUGUGUGAGAAUGAUUGUGGAACUGCUGAGUGCGUUCAGAAGGAGGGCCAGUGGCAGUGCCAGUGCCCCGAGGGCCUCGUGUUCAACGCUGCCAAGAAGCUCUGCCACGCUGCUCCUCCUCGUACGUGCCUUGUUGUUUGUUGCGUGCUUUUCAACAAGGAUGAAUUAGCUAGGCACGUCUUGGUGGGGGCUGAUGGUGAUGGAACAGAGGUGGAAGCAACUGCAUGCGGUUGCACGUAG